UGUAAUUUCAUAUUUGGAAGAGAUGCAAAGAAUCCACUCAUUAAACGCAUUGCUCUCAUAUAUUUGUUAUCACCAUCUAUUGUAAGAGAAAGAAAAGCGUGUCAAUACAGUUCAUAGUCAUUUCUGUGAGGGUGAGGGUGAUUGAUUGUAUUCUGAGAAUCUCACAAACAGUUUCACCGACUAGUGAUUGUACUAAUCGAUAAAAAUCAUUACCAUCCAAUGUAAACACAUUGUCUGGUACUAGAGACGUUUAAUGAUAAUAAAUUUUAUGAUUUUGUCAAAAAUAUUUGUGGAGAGACUGAAGCUGAAUUAUUAGAAGUGCAACAAAUAGCAAAUGCUCAGUCUUUAUUAUUGACUGAUGAUAUAUUUGGUAUUAUGGAUGUCGAUUGUCUCGAUUUAAUUAAUUUAAAAAAGAAAAUAUCAUUUACAUUAGCUGAUGGUUUAUUUCUUUUAAAAGCUGGUAUUAAAGCAAAUAUUAAAUAUUUAAAAGAACUAUUUUUGAAAAAAAAUGAAGAAAUAAUGAAAGAGACAAAAUUAAAAUCAAAACAACAAAGAACCGUAACAACAGCUGCUAGUAAUUCCACUCCACCACCGUCAUCAUCGAUUAUAACCAUACCACCAGUUUCAACUAAUUCAGCUCCUCCAUUACCACUACCAACAAUGACAAUACAUGAACAUAAAGAUUUUAUAUUAAAAUUAAUUAAACAGUGGUGUUUAGAUAAUAAAGAAAACGCUGGUUUAGAUGAUUUUCAAUUAAGAGGUGGAGAAGAUUUUACAUUAAAAUUCCAUAAUAACCAUAAUAUUUUAGAAGCAGCAAUUAUAUGUAAAUGUGGCUCAAAUUUCUCAUUAACGAAAAAGGAUAAUAAAUUUCAAUUGUCAAAUUUUUACAAACAUAUAAAAAAACUGAAUUGUUCAUUAAUGAAAGAAUUUGUAACGAAAAAUAACAAAGAAAAAAGAACUAAUGUUCAAAUACCAUCAUCACCGACAUCACCAGUACAGUCACAACCAUCAGUUCAAAUAAUAACGAAUCCUAUAGCUGCACCAUCUCCAUCCACAAGUAGUACAUCAACAACAGCACCAACGAAAAAUAAUUCUAAACGUUCUGCACCAGCAUCAAAAAACGAUGAAACACGAACGAAAAAGAAAUUAGUUUAUUCUGUUCAAUGUAAAAAUUGUGAUCUAAAAUAUAUUGGUGAAACGAAUCGUGAUAAGCAAACAAGAAUGCGUGAACAUAAAAAUGACAUAAAGAAAAAUAAACAAACAUCACUAAUAGCUCAACAUUCGAAUAUGAAUAAUCAUAUGAUGGACUUAGACUAUGCUGAAACCCUAACACUAGAGUCAACCUGGAAACGACGUGUAAUAAAGGAGAGCAUAUUAACACAUCAAUCAAAAGGCUUGACAAAGAUUGUUACGAAGCAUUACUAUCUUUGUUACAUAUAUUCCAAACAAAUCGAUUCAGAUAAAUCAAAACUACGAAUAACAAAAGGUGCCAAGCCGAAAAUUCGUGAAAAACCUGUUAUUCGGCCUCGUCAUUUGACUUUUUCGCCCACAGAAUAUGAGGUACCAUUACCAAAAUAA